GUGCGAAAUCACUAAAAUACCCUUCGUCGAAGACCCCCUCUCCCCCGGCACCUCACCUAGUCGAUAGUCAUGCAGGCGCCGGACUUCGACCGCCGCACCGUCUCUGAUGCCGUGAUCUCGGCGUCGUCGUACUCGAGCACUGACGUCGCCACGAACGCCGCGUCUGAUUGGGUGCCGAAGAGGCUGGAGUGCUUGAGCCUGUUGCUGGAGUUGAUGGCUCUACUGAGGCGGAGCAAGGCGUAAUCGAGUGGAAUUAGCUCCGAGGGGGAGAUUUUUGACGGCGCCGUCGAAGUGGAGGCGAGCGAGGGGUUGUUGGGAAGAGGAAGGCUAUUUUGGUAUAUUCAAAGAGGGACGGAUCUUACUUGGGAAUUACUCGAGGUAGGGUUUGCUCUACAAAACUCAUGAAGGGAUUGUUGCUGCUUGAUCUGCGAUUUGGACUCGGAGGCCGACGACAGUUGUCCGGCGUUAUCUCGCCGCCCGUCCUCUUCGGCUUGCAUACACUCUCCCUCACUCCGGCUGCUUCAUUUCUCCUCCCUCCGUUUCGGAUUCGUUCAUUCUGCGCGCGGCCUCCCUCUCGAUCUUGUCCCAAGCUUCAGUCCCAGAUGACGGAGGCCGAGACAUACACCUUCGGCCCGUACAAGAUUCAUCAGACCGAGGUCUUCCGCUCCACUCCGUACUGUUACGCGAUGGUCAACCUGCGUCCUGUUGUGCCGGGUCAUGUACUAAUAUGCCCAAAGCGUGAAGUAAAGCGCUUUGUUGAUCUCACUGCUGAUGAGGUUUGCGAUUUAUGGCUUACUGCCAAGGAAGUUGGUGGCCAUCUUGAGGAUUACCAUAAAGCAUCCUCAUUGACGUUCACAAUCCAGGAUGGACCUCAGGCUGGGCAGACAGUUUCUCAUGUGCAUAUUCACGUUCUUCCCAGGAGAAGUGGAGAUUUCACAAAAAAUGAUGAUAUCUAUGAUGAGAUUGAUUCGAAAGAAAAGGAAAUGAAGGAGAAACUUGAUCUAGACAAGGAAAGGAAGGACAGAACACCAGACGAAAUGGCCCAGGAAGCAGAAGCAUAUCGGCGUCUUUUCUCAUAAAUACUAACAGCAGAUGACGAAAAAGGUCCGGUUAUUUUCCCGUUUACUUUUACUGGAACUUAGAAUAAAUGUUAUGGAAUCCAUUCCUGCAAACUACAUAGGAAAUGGGGUUUAAAAUCUUGUUCAUUUUACUCCAUGGAUUUAAGUUUAGAUAUGUGUAAAACAGCAUCUGACUUUUAUAUAAUAGCGUUGCACUCAUGAA